UCCACCGAUGCUCUGGUUGCGGCCGGAGGGAGGGAAAGCUGGGACUUGUUUCCACUUGUUCUUAGUAAUCUAUAUAUAAAAGAGCAUAGCUUGUUUUGUACUCCUUCCGUUUCUAAAUAUAAGUCUAUUCCUAAUGAAGCAGUUAGCAGUCUCGCUUUCAGGUUUAUUUUCGUUCGGUUUAUUUUCGUCGGUUUUUUUUCACGUCAUCUCCCACCACCGUCUCGUUGGUUUAUUUUCGUUCGCCCAGGCACCUGCCCGUAAGGGUUUCCAUGCCCUGCAAGGUCGGAGCGGUGGCGGCGGCGGCAGCGGCAGCAGCAGACAGUCAUACGCACGACGAAUGGUGGUGGCGGCGGCGGCUUCUGGUCAUCAUCCCGUCAGGGUCGUCGUGCGCAAGCACCAACCAGACGGGUCCGGGCACCGGUCGCGAAUGAGUCGGGUCCGUCCGAGGCGCGCCAAGGCAUCGCCAAAGCCCAAGCCCGAGACUCCGGCCAAUCGAACUCGGCAGCCCCCCGUCUUGGCGAUCUCGCGACUCUGGCCAUGUCGAUUGGUCCGGCAACAUAGAGAGGAAGCUGCAAAGAAUCUCCAAGUGGAUUUUAGGACCACUACAGCCAAAGUUUUCAUGAAAACUGCAGGGUUGCUUAAGAGGAACAAACAGUUCUUAAGUUCAUUACAUUAGAGUGGCUGCUCAGCUGUAAAUUAGUAAUACAUGCACAUAGAGACUAAUCUGCUAUGUUCAGUAGUAAUACAUCAAUUAAGUUCAGUACAUGGUUCGUGUAUUGCAUAUGAUGGUUCAGAUAUGGUUUA